CAGGUACGUGGCAGUAAUGCACCUUUGAGAUGAGUUGCCAACGGCCAUUAAACGUAAAAGAAGAAGCGAAAUCCUUUCUUUUUAGCGAGCAAGACUUUUAUUUUGGUUUGGCGAUGUGACGUCAUACGGUUGCGCCGCUCUACUGCGUCUGCGAUUCGACUGAAGAAAGGUCACCAUUAACUCUCACCAGUGUGCUGACUAAGUUACUGAACUGGGGAACUGAUUGAUUGAACCCAGAGAUUUAGUUACCAUUUAUUUUUUUAUAUUUUUAUCAUUCUCAUCUUAAACAGGACAAAGUGUCCAAACACACAGAAAAACUCCUGCUGAAGCGACAGAGAUCCACGUGACACUCUGUUAUAAAGAUGGCAUUUAUUAAAGAGGAGAGUGAAGACAUUAAGAUUGAAGAAACAUUCAGAGUCAAACGUGAAGAUACUGAGGAACAAACAGACAUCAUGCUCCUGAAAGAGGAAAGUGAAGAACUAACUGAAGUGGAAGGCAUAGAUCCAUAUGAGAAGCAUGAUUUUAUUGGAGAAAGUUUUUAUAGUUGCUCACAAACUAAACAGAUUGUGCAAAACAAAGCUCAAAAGACGGGAGAUUUAACCUGCCAACAGUGUGGAAAGAGUUUCACUAAAAAAGGAAGCCUUAAAGACCACAUGAGAAUUCACACCGGAGAGAAGCCUUACUCCUGCCAGCAGUGUGGAAAAAGUUUCACUAGAAGUGGAACCCUUCAAAGGCACAAUAGAGUUCACACUGGAGAGAAACCUUACACCUGCCAACAGUGUGGAAAGCGUUUCUGUGAAAAAGGAAACCUCAAAUGCCACAUGAGUGUUCACAUUGGUGAGAAAUAUGAAAAACUAAAUGAAAUUAAAGACAAAGAUCAGCCUGAAAAACUUUUUACUGGAGAAAGUUUUAAUUGCUCACAAACUAAACUGACAACACAAAAGAAAGCUCAAAAGACAGGAGAUAGAAGUCAUUUCACCUGCCAACAGUGUGGAAAAAGUUUCUUUGAGAAAGGAACCCUUAACAGGCACAUUAGAAUUCACACCGGAGAGAAGCCUUACUCCUGCAAACUGUGUGGAAAGAGUUUUACUGAUACUGGAAACUUUAAUUCUCACAUGAGAAUUCACACCGGAGAGAAGCCUUACUCCUGCAAACUGUGUGGAAAGAGUUUCUUUCGAAAAGGAAACCUAGAGAGCCACAUGAGAAUUCACACUGGAGAGAAACCGUACACCUGCCAACAGUGUGGAAAGAGUUUUAGUCAACAAAGAAACUGUAAUUUUCACAUGAAAAUUCACACCGGAGAGAAGCCUCACUCCUGCAAACUGUGUGGAAAGAGUUUCAUUCAAAAAGGAAGCCUAAAGAGACACAUGACAAUUCACAAUGCUGGGAAACCGUACACCUGCCAACAGCAUGGGAUGAGUUUUAGUCAAAAAAGAAACCUCAAAGGCCACAUAAGUGUUCACACUGGAGAGACAUGUAAAGAAGUAACUGAAAUGGAAGACAAAGAUCAGUCUGAGAAACAUGAUUUUACAAGAGAAAUUUCUUUUGAGCUCUCUUUUGUGAAGUCUGUUUAGUUUGUGAGAAACUUUACGAACUUCACCAAAGAGAGCUCAAAAGAUGGUAGCUACAAGUAAUUUCACCUGCCAACAGUGUGGAAAGAGUUUCAGAUGCAUAAUAUCCCUUAAUAACCACACAAAAAUUAACUUGAGAGCAGUUUAAAAUGUUCUCAGUGUGAAAGGGGUUUCACAGCCAGGAAACUGCAACAGUCAUGUAAUAAGAAAGAAGCCUUUCACUUGCUGUCACUGUGAAAAAUCUGGCUCAGGCAAAGCAAAAACCUUAGGAUUAACAUGAGAAGUCACAGUGAAGAAAAACCCUUUCACGUGUCAACACUGAG